GGGCACUUGUCAUCCCCACAGCCAUGGGAAGCAGCACUUUCGCCCUGGUCCUCGCCCUGGCCCUGGUGGCGUGUGUCACCCCUGCGGAGAGGAAGUGCCUCCUCUCCGGGUCCUGGCGGAGCGACACCGGCUGCCGGAUGGUCGUGUCCGUCCUCGGCGAGGAUGGCAGCUUCUCUGGUUCCUACCUGCCGGGGCCUGCCGUUGGUGACUACGAAAUCCUCACCUCCCCACUGGAGGGGUCCCAGCAGGACGCAGGGCUGGCCCCACAGCCCAUCUUCUCCUUCACUGUGCGCUGGCGGCUCCAAGACUCAGAGACCGCCCGGACAACUGUCUUCCUGGGCCAGUGCUAUGUGGGCACCAAUGGGGAGGAGACCCUGCACUCUCUGUGGCUCCUGCGAGAAGCUGCCGAGAGCCCCACCGAGGACUGGAAAGCCACUCGCACAGUGUAAGUGACCCUGGCUGGGUGAACCACAGUGAUGUGGACUUUCCUGCAGGAUUGGAACCAGCAUUUUCACACGGAUAAAAUAACAGCAAGCGGGAGAAUCCAGGAGGCCCAGGACCGCAAGGAGAUGGCGCUUCCCCCAGCCAGGCUCUGCCCGUGCGGACGUGCUGCAUUCCAGCAGCUCUCGGCCCACAGGUUCAUGCUUUCCCAUGGCCAGCGUGAGGGCUGGGCACCAGCUGCAAAAUAAAGGGUUUCUGUGG